AUGGUUAGCUAUGCGUUGAGUACAACGGGUGCGCAGGAAAACAAAUACGAAGAGCUCUAUGAAUUGGAUUAUUUGCUAACCUAUAACUAUCUACGGCCAGGACGUAUGUUCCCCGAGACUGUCCUGAGUCUACACAACGUGUGGUGCAAGAACUAUGUGGGUAAAAGUGUCCGCAUAAUAGACUUAGUGGAUAAGGUGUUUGGCCACAACCCGAUCGUACAGUUGGCCACUCGGAUGCUAUCGUUAAGCAAAAUCAAGACAAUGCAUGGUUUGUGCGGAAACCCAGAGGCAAUGCAACUCGUGGCUGUCGUCAUGAAAAUCGUAAACACCAAGUUUGAGGAGUUGUAUAACGUUUAUCUAUUGGCGCUCAACACAUAUCUGGCCGCCGCUCUGCCCGAGUCCGAUGUGGGCACAAGUGAACUGUUCUGUUAUCUGAGAAAAUUUGUAAUGAUUAUGGUUGAGUCGUUUCCACCCGAGUUGGCAGAAGCGGUGCAAAAGGAGAACGAGAAGAGUGUCCACAAAAUGAGAUCCAUUAUAAGAAUGGUGUUAAAGUUGCUCAAAAUCAAUCCACGCGUCCGCCACUGUCCGUUCCCACACUUCCGGGCGCCCAACCCCUUGAAGAUCAAGUCCGAGAUGUUGGCCCUCAUGUUUGCCUUCGAUCGCAUCACUCGAAGCGAUUAA